AAGCCAUAAUGCGAUUGUGUGUUGAGCGCCGGAGAGAGUCUUCUUCCUUGACCCGCAACAUCCUCCUCUUCCUCCUCGCUGCUACCACUUUUCGCUCUACAGCCUCUCUCGUCUUCCUCGACCUCGUUAACAACUACUUGAACCUCACGUCGCCCUCGCCUCAAGUCCGCUUUGACGGAGACACCCCUCACAGACAACAAACCUCGAACUUUUUCUCCUCGCGUAUCAAGCCUCAAAUUGUGCUUGCGCGUGUCCACCUCUCAAGACACCAUCCCUCUUUCCCCCCGCUCUCAAUCUGGUCAGAAUGGCUCAACAAGCCCGUCCUUCAUCAUCCACAACGCGGUUACUAUUGCGACGGAUUUUUCAGAAGUCUGUCGGACUUCUAGGUGCAGUGGUGUCAGCGACCUCACUAGAAGGCUUUCAUGACAUCCCAGGCAUCCGUUUUUCCCCCAGCUGGGUGUUGAUUUGGGGCUGCCACGAAUGUCGGUAGACUUCUGUGGCGAAGUCUGCCCAUACGGUUCGUGGUGGAUGAGGAGCUGCGUCAGUGGAAGAGGUUCAAUGAACGAUCGUCCCUGGUGGUUCACGGUUGUGGGAUGAAUUUCAUUGGGGCGAUUGGAGGCCGGCACGCUGUCGUGUAGGCUAUUGUUCCUAUCCACUGCGUUGGUCCUGCAAGGCCAGUCGUGAGGCCAAAGUUUGCAGUGCUUUAUCCCUCUACUACGCUGAGAUCUAACGUGUUUCGUUAUUAGACGCAAUGACAAUGCAUGGAAAGCCAACUUAAAUGUCCCAACAAAAGACGACCGUCCACAGACAGACGAUGUGUUAGCGACAAAGGGAAUUGAGUUCGAGGACAUGCACCUACGACGCGAAUUGCUCAUGGGCAUCUUCGAAGCCGGUUUCGAACGACCUUCACCCAUUCAGGAAGAGGCGAUACCCAUCGCGCUCACCAAACGAGAUAUCCUUGCCCGGGCCAAGAACGGCACGGGUAAGACCGCUGCUUUCGUCAUCCCCUCCCUUCAACAAAUCGAUACCAAUAAGCGAAAGAUCCAGGCGCUUCUUCUUGUACCCACCCGUGAGCUGGCAUUGCAGACCGCGCAGGUGUGCAAGAUCCUUGGGAAGCACAUGGGUCUGAAUGUCAUGGUCACCACUGGUGGUACAACCCUCAAAGAUGAUAUCAUGCGUCUUCAAGAAGCCGUCCACGUAUUGGUCGGUACCCCCGGUCGUAUACUCGACCUGGCGGGAAAGAACGUCGCAGACCUCAGCGAAUGUCCGGUUUUCGUCAUGGACGAAGCCGACAAACUCCUCUCCCCCGAGUUCGCUCCUGUCAUGGAGCAACUCCUCAGCUACCUGCCUAAGGACAGGCAGGUGAUGUUGUUCAGUGCAACAUUCCCGCUUAUCGUAAAGGACUUCAAGGAUAAACAUAUGGAGUCCCCCUAUGAGAUCAACCUCAUGGACGAGCUUACACUCCGUGGCGUAACACAAUAUUACGCUUAUGUCGAAGAGAAGCAGAAAGUUCACUGCCUGAACACGCUCUUCUCCAAGCUUCAAAUCAACCAGUCCAUCAUCUUCUGCAACUCAACGAACCGUGUUGAGCUCCUAGCCAAGAAAGUCACCGAACUGGGCUAUUCAUGUUUCUACUCACAUGCAAAGAUGCUCCAAUCCCACCGUAACCGAGUCUUCCAUGACUUCCGACAAGGUGUCUGCCGCAAUCUCGUUUGCUCCGACCUUCUAACGCGUGGUAUUGAUAUCCAAGCCGUUAACGUUGUCAUCAACUUCGACUUCCCCAAGAACUCGGAGACGUACCUCCAUCGUAUCGGUCGUUCUGGUCGUUUCGGACAUCUUGGUCUUGCCAUCAACCUCGUCACUUACGAGGAUAGGUUCAAUUUGUAUAAGAUUGAGCAGGAGCUCGGGACGGAGAUCCAGCCUAUUCCUCAACAGAUAGACAAGGGUCUUUAUGUUGCACCGGGCGCGAGCCAGGAGCCCGAACAGAAGGAAAAGCCCAAGAAUAAUGCUCAACCUCAGCAACAGAGGCAGGCGGCUCCUGUUCAGGCCACUCCACGACAACAACCACAACAGCCCGGUCAAGUAGUCUAUCAGAGCACUGGAGCUCCUCAGGGCCGUCCAAACGGUGCACCCAUCACCGCAGCACCAGCUGCUGCCGGCGUUCAACAGCCAUAUCAGCAAGCAUAUCGCGGGGCAGUUCCAGUCGCGCGAUGAUUGUCCCGGCCAGUGAAGGGUGGGUAGGCGUGGGGCGAUGGCAGAUGAUGGUGGUGGUGGGUGAGAUGGAAGAUGGAAGGUGAUUUGGGUGGGUCAUGGAAGGUGUUGACCGCGUCAAGCAUCCACUCUAUUUGCAAGCACUCCGGACUGCGGCUUGCACUCGUUUUCGAAAGGCAGCGUUUCUGUAUCAUAAUAUUUGGACCCUUUCCUGUGCUCUGGUCCUUUCCUUCUCAACUUUGGCAAGCUCAGCAAUAACUCGAAUUUCCUCGCUUGUAUCGAUUCGAUGCACCCUUCUAUAGGGUCCAACGGGCGUAAUCACGACUCUGAUGUUUAUUCGCUACAGGUUGUCGCAUUAUAUCUAUCCUAUAGCUAUUGUUGUUACUUUUUCUUCCUGCCUUUCUCCGUCGUUUUGUUAUUCGCUGUACGUAGUAGUUGUGAAUUGGAAAUGCGAUGCUUGCUCGUAGUCUAUUUUCGGUUCCGUUCUCGUUUACAAACGCUAUGUGAACCUUGCUUGACAAGGCAUUGCAACUGCAAG